CAGUGCACCGCCGGCCUCUGUAGCGAUGCAAAGAUGGCGUCCUCCGUGGUUGUCUGCACUGCGCGUUUACUCAACUUUGUAGGAGUGUCUUCUGGCCAUCGUCGGGCUUGCUCGCUGCUUGCCUCGGCGAGACAUGGAYAAGCCUGUGUCACGGAGAUGUUGGGGACACAACGGUGCAGGAUAGGGGGCAACUUUGGCUGUUUGAGACCUGGAAAUGCAGUGACAUUGAGACUCACAGGACUGAGGCCCCCCCAUGUUGUCAGCAGUAGUCACUCCUUCCACACUAGCUGCUCCUCAGCUAACAAACAGGACUUGUAUGAUGUUCUGGGGGUGCCUCYCACYGCCACUCAGAAAGAGAUCAAGAAAGCCUACUAUCAGAUGGCUAAGAAGUACCACCCAGACACCAACCAGGAUGACCCUCAGGCCAAGGAGAAGUUUGCCAAGCUGGCAGAAGCCUACGAGGUGCUGAGUGACGAGGUGAAGAGGAAGCAGUAUGACACGUACGGGGCGGCAGGCUUCGACCCCAGCCAGGCGGGAGGGGGGGCGGGGGGCCAGCAGUACUGGAGGGCCGGGGGGGCCAGCGUCGACCCAGAGGAAAUGUUCAGGAAGAUCUUCGGGGAGUUCACAGGAGCGCAGGGUUUCGGAGACUUCAACAGCAUGUUUGAACAGAGGCCAGAGUUUGUGAUGGAGCUGACGUUCACCCAGGCAGCUAAGGGAGUGAACAAGGAGAUGACAGUGAACCUGGACGAUGCGUGUCAGAGAUGUGAUGGUAAAGGUAGCGAGCCAGGAACCAAGGUCCAGCACUGUCACUACUGUAACGGCACCGGCAUGGAGUCUAUAAACACCGGUCCCUUCAUGAUGCGCUCUACGUGUCGACGCUGUGGUGGGCGGGGCUCCAUCAUGACCACGCCCUGCGUGAUGUGUCGCGGCUCGGGACAGACCAAACAGAGACAGACCGUCACCGUGCCUGUGCCCGCAGGAGUAGACAAUGGACAGACUGUACGAAUGCCAGUGGGGAAGAAGGAAAUCCACAUCACAUUUAGAGUCCAGAGGAGUCCAGUGUUCAGACGUGAUGGGAUCAACAUCCACUCUGAUGUCCACAUCUCUGUAGCCCAGGCUAUUCUGGGGGGCUCUGCUAGAGCACAGGGACUCUACAACACCAUAGAUAUACAGAUCCCUCCAGGUUGCCAGGCCGACCAGAAGAUCCGCCUGCAGGGAAAGGGGAUCCAGAGGAUGAACAGCUAUAGUUAUGGAGAUCACUACGUUCACAUCAAGAUCAGAGUACCUAAGAAGUUAACCCGUCGACAGCGCUCCCUACUCCUGAGUUACGCAGAGGAAGAGGCUGACGUGGAGGGGACUGUCAACGGACUCACUGCUACUACCACGGGUGGGGGCAGGAGUGGGCAGCGCUCUGAGUUUGGGGCAGGACAGGGCAGAACAGAGGAGAAGAAGAAAGAAGACGAAGAGGAGGAGGGCAUCCUUUCCAAAAUAAAGAAAAUAUUUAGCUGACAGCCACACCUCAGAACAUCCAUUUAGACACGGAACGGGCACCAAGAAAGCCAAGCCCUGCCACACACUGUUUAGUCCCAAAUGACACAGGUGUUGGGUUCAGAAACUAAAAACUUGUUUUACCUGGAAGGGAU